GGCAUAUCUAUUAUGCUGGAUCUUGUAGUACAUUUUUGUGGAUUUUCUGCACUCCAGCUCUUGCAACAUUUUUAUUGCUAUCUACCCAUCGUGGUCUGCUGUCUCUGCUAUUAUCUGUAAGGCAAACAUGCAGAAGAGUGGGAAUAUUUCAAAGAAUAAUUCUUUGAGACUGAUGCCUCAGCAGUCUCUUCGUCGCCUGGGCUUGUGUUCUCAAAUAGCAACUGGACAGCACUCCUCCCCAAUUGUCUUUCCAGAAAAACGUAGUAAAGCAAAGACUUCAAAGCGUGGCGACAUCAGUGUCAGCAAUGAUGAUUCCAACAAAAGUAAGAGAGAUGAGCAUAGGAUUGAUAUUGGAGAUGAGCAGUCUGACUUGUUGGGGUAUGAAGUGUUUGCCGGAAAGCUGGUUUUGGACAAGAGAAAAGCAACUAAAAGUAUUGAUGCACAAACUUCAACAGAAAUUACGGGUCUGGAUGCUGUUGAUGCUAAAUUAACAAGCAAGGCGUUGGUUUGGGGUUCUCUUUUGUUGUCUCUAGAGGAUGUAAUUUCUGUAUCGUACAAUGUUGGUCUCAGACAUUUUACUGUGCAUUCAUAUCCCAUUAAAAAGGGUUCAUAUGGCCUUUCUUGCUUUAUGAAAAUGGGGAGAAGUCAGAAGGACUUUCGCUUCUUGGCUGCUACCCCUGAAGAAGCACUUCAAUGGGUUAGUGGAUUUGCGGAUCAGCAAUGUUUUGUGAAUUGUUUGCCCCAUCCCUUGGUUUCAUCGAAGAAGCAAGCUUCAGAUCUAAUUGCAAGUGAUUUUCCUCUUGAAUCACAUAUAAAAAGUAAAAGUCCACCUAAAGUGCUUGUGAUUUUAAAUCCGCGGUCUGGACGUGGCCGUUCAAGUAAAGUUUUUCAUGACAGAGUGGAACCAAUAUUCAAGGUAUGUUGGCAUUUCUGUUAG